AUGCUCCAGAGUCUGAAGUGGAGUUUGCACUCUUACUGCAGGACGGUAGGGCAGUGGGUGUGCGAUUACUACGAUGACCUGGAGGCACUCAAGGGGUUUGGCGAGGGGAACAAGGAGACCCUGGCGGACCUGGUGUGGGCCUUCUUCGAGUACUGGGCCUGGAAGCACGACUACAACAACGCCGUCAUCAGCGUGCGCACGGGCGGCUUCCUCACCAAGUCCCAGAAGGAGUGGACGCGCCGUGUUGGCAAUGAACGCCACCUCGUCUGCAUCGAGGAUCCGUUCGAGCUGACGCACGACCUGGGGCGCACGGUGGACCGGCAGACGAACGGCGUGCUGCACAAGGAGUUUGAGCGCGCCGCCUGCGUCCUGCGCGACCACGAGAACCCCCUCGAGAAGCUCCUGGAGCCCUACCGCGCCGGCAAGACCGAGUGA